CCACCCCGGGUGCCUGGCGGGGGCAUGGCCCGAGUGUCACCGCGGUCGCCACCAUGGCCGGGCUUGCCUGCGGGUCCACGCGCGCGCUGCUCGCCGCCCUGCUGGCGUCCGCGCUGGUGACGCUGCUGGUGGCGCCGGCGCGGGGCCGGGGUGGCCGGGACCACGGGGACUGGGACGCUGCGGCGCUGCUGCCGACGAUGCCGCCUCGCGAGGACGCGGCGCGCGUGGCCCGCUUCGUGACGCACCUCAGCGACUGGGGCGUCCUGGCCACCAUCUCCAGUGAUCAGGCCGUGCACGGCUGGCCCUUCGCGGACAUCUUGUCGCUCAGUGACGGGCCCCCGGGCUCGGGCACCGGCGUGCCCUACCUCUACCUGAGCCCGCUGCAGCAAUCCGUGGGCAACUUGCAGGAGAAUCCACAUGCUACGCUGACCCUGUCUUUGGCACAGACUAACUUCUGCAGGAAACAUGGAUUUGAUGCCCAAAGUCCCCUCUGUGUUCAUAUAAUACUGUCAGGAGUUGUUACUAAGGUGAAUGAAACAGAAGCGGACUUUGCAAAGCAGUCAUUGUUUAUUCGACACCCUGAGAUGAAAACCUGGCCUCCCAGCCAUAAUUGGUACUUUGCCAAGUUGAAUAUAACCAAUAUCUGGGUUGUGGACUACUUUGGUGGACCAAAAAUAGUGACUCCUGAAGAAUAUUAUAAUGUCACAGUCCAGUGAAACAGAAUGUGAGGAAUUUGACCACACAUGUGAGUUCUUAGGAUGAUUCAUACAGUCCUGGGGGGCUCGACGUUUCUCUGGAAAUCUUCCCAAAUCAGCCAGUUUUCUCUCGGAUGCUGUUUCCUUUGCCUCUCUGCUUGCUUGCUUGUUUACGGAAUAACUUGUAACUUGCACUGUUACUGUAUUUCUUGGGAGAUGUGGUUGCUUUAUUUUUUCAUAUGUUAAAGCCAGUUUCAUAGAAAGGUAUCUUUCUUUACGAUCAAAGAAGUUGUGUUCCGUCAAUCUCAAGUAGGUUUCUGAUAACUGUUCCUUGAAAAUCAGAUCACCAGUGAGCCUCUGAAGGUGCUGGAGGCGUGUUGGUUAUUCCUGGAGACUGGUGAGGAGAAGGCUGUGCCCACCCAA